AUGUCUUCAUCAAUUCAACUACUUAACCCCAAAGCCGAGUCAUUCAGAAGGGCUCAGGCGUUGCAAGUUAACAUCAAUGCUGCUCAAGGUUUGCAACAAGUUUUGGCAUCAAACUUGGGUCCCAAGGGAACAUUGAAAUUAUUAGUUGAUGGAUCAGGGGCAUUGAAAUUGACCAAAGAUGGCAAGGUUUUAUUAAACGAAAUGCAAAUUCAACAUCCUACAGCAGUAAUGAUUGCUCGUGCAGCUACUGCACAAGACGAAAUCACGGGAGAUGGAACCACUACCGUGGUUUUAUUGGUGGGUGAAUUAUUGAAACAAGCAGAGAGGUUUAUCAGCGAAGGCAUCCACCCAAGAGUUAUUGUUGAUGGGUUUGAUGUUGCGCGUGAUGAGAGUUUAAAGUUUUUAGAUCAAUUCAAGACCAAGACUGAGACUUUUGACCGUGAAUUUUUGUUACAGAUUGCUAGAAGUUCAUUGAUUACUAAAGUCACCAAUGAUUUAGCUGAUGUGUUGACGCCUAUUGUUACUGAUGCCGUGUCAACGGUCAAGCAUGAUGAUCAUCCUUUAGACUUGCACAUGAUUGAAAUUAUAACGAUGCAACACGGCCAUUCAAAGGAGACUGAGUUGAUCAAAGGGCUUGUAUUGGACCAUGGUGCUCGUCAUCCUGAUAUGCCUAAAAGGGUGCAGAAUGCCCAUAUUUUGAUCUUGAAUGUAUCUUUAGAAUACGAAAAGACUGAAGUCAACUCAGGAUUCUUUUACUCAUCGGCUGAGCAACGUGAUAAAUUAGUUGCAUCGGAACGUAAAUUUGUUGAUGAGAAGUUGAAAAAGAUUGUUGAUUUGAAAAAUCAAGUUUGUGGUGAUUCAUUAAAUUCUGACCAAGGGUUUGUUAUAAUAAAUCAAAAGGGAAUAGACCCCAUGUCAUUGGAUGUAUUGGCCAAGAAUGGAAUAUUGGCUUUAAGAAGAGCCAAAAGAAGAAAUAUGGAGAGAUUGCAAUUGGUGUGUGGAGGUGAGGCACAAAACUCGGUUGAUGAUUUGACUCCACAAGUCUUGGGUUAUUCCGGGUUGGUUUAUGAAAAUAGUAUAGGUGAAGAUAAAUUCACUUAUGUGACGGAAAACAAGGACCCUCGUGCUUCCACCAUUUUAAUUAAGGGAUCGAAUUCUCACUCGUUACAGCAAACAAAGGAUGCGGUUAGAGAUGGAUUGAGGUCAGUGGCUAAUGUAAUAAAAGACAAGAGUGUUAUACCUGGAGCUGGAGCCUUUUGGAUGAGUUGUAAUAACCAGUUGCUUCAUGAUAAAAAGAUAUUGAAAGGUAAAAACAAGCCUGGUAUCCAAGCAUUUGCCGAGUCACUUUUGGUGGUACCAAAGACAUUGUCAGCUAAUGCUGGUUUAGAUCAAUUGGAAACUAUAUCUAAUUGUCAAGAUGAUAUAAAUGAUGGACACGUUGUUGGUGUUGAUUUGAAAACUGGUGAACCUUUGGAUCCAACAGUGGAGGGUGUUUGGGAUUCAUAUAGGGUGGUGAGAAAUGCUAUAAGCUCAGCUACUGGUAUUGCAUCUAACUUGUUGUUGUGUGAUGAGUUGUUGAAAGCAGGAAGAUCGAGUUUGAAGGAAGGUGGUGCGGGAGGUCCACCUGGAGGUCCACCUGGUGCUGGUGGUGGAAUGCCCGCAGGUAUGCCGCCCAUGGGUGCACCAGGCAUGAUGUAA